GUGGGUCGGGGAUGCAGCAAAAUGCUGCCAACCACUUCAGUUAAUUCUCGGAGCCAGGGCAAUGGUGUGCUGAGCCCCAGAGAUGCUGCAAGGCAUACAGCUGGUGCAAAACGCUACAAGUACCUGCGCAGGCUCUUCCACUUCCGACAGAUGGACUUUGAGUUUGCUCUUUGGCAGAUGCUUUACCUGUUUACUUCACCACAAAGGGUUUAUAGGAACUUUCACUACAGAAAACAGACAAAAGACCAGUGGGCAAGAGAUGAUCCUGCUUUCUUAGUGCUUCUCAGUAUCUGGCUCUGUGUGUCUACUGUAGGAUUUGGAUUUGUGCUGGACAUGGGGUUCUUUGAAACAAUAAAGCUUCUGCUUUGGGUUGUAUUCAUAGACUGUGUAGGUGUUGGCCUCCUGAUUGCAACUCUCAUGUGGUUCAUUUCUAAUAAGUACUUGGUGAAGCAGCAGAACAGGGACUAUGAUGUGGAGUGGGGAUAUGCCUUUGAUGUUCAUCUGAAUGCUUUCUAUCCACUUUUGGUCAUUCUGCAUUUUAUCCAGCUGUUUUUCAUCAACUAUGUCAUAAUAUCCGAUUCUGUCAUCGGGUAUUUUGUUGGGAACACGUUAUGGCUGAUCGCAAUUGGCUAUUACAUCUAUGUCACAUUCCUAGGAUACAGUGCACUGCCCUUUCUGAAGAACACUGCUAUUCUUUUGUACCCGUUUGCACUUCUCAUCAUGCUCUAUUUGAUCUCAUUAGCAUGUGGCUGGAACUUCACCAAGAUGCUUUGCUCCUUUUAUAAAUACAGAGUGAGAUAAACCCAGGACUGCACGUAUCUAAUGAUUUGUUUUGGUUUUAUCUUAGCUGUCUUAACAGUAAAGAAAAAGUUAAGAGCGUUUUGUA